GACCUUUCUUCAGUCAAGGGCGACGGAAGGACACAUUGGUCUCAACUAUCGCCUCAAACAAGAAACGGCACUGCAAACCAGGCUCAGCAGCUCGGCAAUGACACUAUUCACGCGCUGUGUAAUGUGACGCAGAGACCCGAGCUUGUCGAUCUUUUGAGCACGCACAGCACAAUGCUAAUAUGGAGCAGGCCUGUUUGCCAAUACCCGAAUGCGUAGAUGUCCGGCUCAAGCCGAUAAAGGUCCUGACAGCGAACUCUCCCGUGCGCUAAUAUGCCGCUGUGAGGAGGAGAGCCAUCCUGCCGGAACCGCCAUAAUCGCCGCAGGCCUACCUAUGACAUGGAGGGUGUCAAUCCAUACCGGAAAGAAGUCCUUCCAGCCUUGGCGCCAUCGCGAUCGGGUGCGAAAGCUCCCUCCCUCAUCAACGCAGCAAAAGAGCACAAAACUGCACAGCCGACGGAUGCUGACGGCGGCUCCCCCUGCUAUCAACCGAAACGCGCGGCAGCUUAGGGUUAGGCAGACAGCUAGCAAGCAGGGCAGCAUCUCCUUUGGGUCGCCGGGCUGCGGUAUUUUGCGCUAUAGCGCACCAGUGUGCCGUCUGCCAAGCUCGGGAUUGACAGAUCCCAUGCGGGCGGCGCCAGUCUCUUGGUCUUUGCGCUGUGCCACCGCCUUGACACUUUGCUACAGAGGGUUUCAUUCAAUCUCGAUGUCGAACACAGGAAACGACCUCCGCGACCCAAGGUCGAUUCUGACGGGCGCUUGCAUCCCGAACCAUAUUCACUCUCUGUACGAAAGGCGCCCUAGUUUGGCCGCUGGCCGUAGUGGUUCACACGACGCCGUUGCGGAAAGUUGACGGAAAGUUGAGGCGAGUGUAAAGUUGAGGCGAGUGUAAAGUUGAGGCGAGUGUAAAUUUGAGGCGAGUGUAAAGUUGAGGCGAGUGU